ACUGAAUCUCGCGAUAAAGGUUUAUUAUCUCGCGGGACUGCGGCUGGCAGACGGGCUCUUGGGCGGCUCUGGCCGGGAAGAGGAGUCGCAUGUGUCGUUUCAGCUGGCGGUAGUGGCGGGCGCGGAGGCGGCGGAGGCUGUGCGACCGCCUGGGUUUUGAGAUGGCUGCUGACAUUUCUGAAUCCAGUGGACAUGAUUGCAGAGGAGACCCGAGGAGCAAUACCAAGUUAGAUGCAGAUUACCCACUUCGAGUCCUUUACUGCGGAGUCUGUUCAUUACCAACAGAGUACUGUGAAUAUAUGCCUGAUGUCACUAAAUGUAGACAAUGGUUAGAGAAGAAUUUUCCAAAUGAGUUUGCAAAACUUACUGUAGAAAAUUCACCCAAACAAGAAGCUGGAAUUAAUGAGGGUCAAGGAACAGCAGGGGAAGAGGAAGAGAAGAAAAAACAAAAGAGAGGUGGAAGGGGUCAAAUAAAACAAAAAAAGAAGACUGUACCACAGAAGGUUACGAUAGCCAAAAUUCCCAGAGCAAAGAAGAAAUACGUAACAAGAGUGUGUGGCCUUGCGACUUUCGAAAUCGAUCUUAAAGAAGCACAAAGGUUUUUUGCUCAGAAAUUCUCCUGUGGUGCCUCAGUAACAGGGGAGGAUGAAAUCAUCAUUCAGGGAGACUUUACAGAUGACAUAAUUGAUGUCAUUCAGGAAAAAUGGCCAGAAGUGGAUGAUGAUAGCAUUGAAGAUCUUGGAGAAGUGAAGAAGUGAUUUUGAAAAUUUGUCUGUAUUUAAAGAUCUGAACUGAUUGUUGAUAUGGCCAAAGGGAGAGAGGCCUUUUAAAAUAUAUAUAUAAAUAUAUAUAUUUAUCCUACAGUAAAACUGUAGCCUACCCUCACCCUUGGCAUUUUCACUGUUCUGUACAGGGCUGCUUGUUUUUUUUUUUUUGUUGCCAAAGUCUGAUAAACAGGAGAGACUGUCAUGCUUAUGCAUGAAAUAGAAUUUAGUCAAAUAAAAAAUUUUGGUCAUUUGGUACUGACUUUUCUCUUUCUUUUUAAGUUUUUAUUUUUGGAAAAAUUAGACUUUCUGUGGAAAGCUUUUCUGUUGAUUAUUUUAAAAUAAUCAUGAUUUUAUCAAAUCAUGAUUUUUUUUUUUUUUUGGUUGUUAAGCUGAGUGAUACUUUGAAGAAUUUGAAUUUGGCUUCAUUACCAGUAAUAACUCUCCUUGCUUCUUUGGUGUGAUAGUUUUGAGAUGCUUGAGCAUCUCAUGGAUCUGUGGUUGAAUUUGCUUCAUUGUCACCAACCAAGUUCACUUUGUGGGCCUAUUAACGUAUUGUUGGUAAUAGUUGAUCAAGCUGUUGUGGAGAUUAUUUGGUAAAGUAUAUUAAAAGCCUUAAAACCAUCUGCACUGUUUGACCCACUUCUUGACAUUAUCCUAAAGAUACAAUGUCUUGCUUAAAACUGUGGAUGAAGGUGUUCAUCACAGUGCUACUCAUAAUAUAAAAAAAUUGCAAAUGAUAAAGAUGAACAAUUGGGAAAUGGUUAAAGAAAUGAUGGUUUGUCAUAUGGUAGAAUAUUUGCAGAUAUUUUAAGAUAUUUUCUAAGAAUACUUGGAGAGGUGUUUGAUAAUGUUAAGUAGGAGGUCAGACCCCCAAAUCCAUUUUAUACAUUAUUUUCAUCAUUGUUUUGAGUGGAUAGGCAUCCAGAGAGGCUGAGUUCUUUUUCUGGCUAUAAAUUUAUGUAAAAUUCUCCUAACCAUUUGAAAAUAAUAUACACCAUUGCUCAAUAUAGUCUGGAAAAUAGCAGUUAAAAUGUGUUUUUCUUACAAGAGAAACAGUGACAGUGAAUCUUAAUGAGUACAUUAAAUGAAUUUAAAAUCUGUUUUUAUAAAGGUCUUAUGUCAGGUGCUACAAACUAAAGACUCAUGGUAUUUUAAAUUGCUAUAGACACCUUUAAGAAAGUUAGAACCCAUUGUUUAUUGCCAUGCAAAUUGCAAUCAAAUGAAUUAGUGGGUUUUUAAAUAAUUGAAAUCUUAGACUGUAUAAUAAAGAUGUAAAUUAAGAAAAUGAAAUUCUGCAUUAACUGUGAAUUUAGCUAAAUAAAAUUACCUGAUGAAGCAAAUUUAUCCAUCAAAACCAUUUGGUAUGUGGUUAUGUGUGUAUUCUCUUGGUGCUGGAAGAUGUCUUUGUGCUUGUAUCAACACGUGUGACUUCAUGUAAAGAUUCUUAAUGUUCACAGUUCUUGGCAAAUGCAGUUUCAGUCCAUAUAUAGCCAGCAGUGGAUGGUACUGCAGGAAAAUGCAGGAUUAAAAUCGUCCUUGUGUAUAA